UACAAACUGCACACAAUGACUAACGACUACAGCACCAAGCCCGAGUCUCUAAGAUGCGAAGGGAGCCUUAUUGCCCGAGAACUGCGUUUCUCUCGAGCGAUGAUCUUUGCCAUCGAGGAGAUCAACAACAGCACCGAGCUGCUGCCAGGCAUCAGACUUGGAUAUCAGCUCUAUGAUUCAUGUGCAUCCGUCCUCAUGGCUUCACAUAUUUCAUUUCAAAUUUUAAAUGGUCAGGACCCUGUGUUUGACAGAAACAGCAACUGUUCCCACUCUGGUGAGGUGGUGGCUGUUGUUGGAGACUCUGGAUCCACACCUUCCAUCAGCAUAUCUCGCAUCAUCGGAUCUUUUAACAUCCCGCUGGUCAGUUACUUUGCCACCUGUGCCUGUCUGUCAGAUAAGCAGCAGUUCCCAGCGUUUCUCAGAACAAUUCCCAGUGACCAGUUCCAGGCUGAUGCACUGGCCAAGCUGGUGAAACACUUUGGCUGGACUUGGAUAGGUGCUGUGCACUCUGACUCAGAUUAUGGAAAUUAUGGGAUGACAUCUUUUCUUGCUGCAGUACAGAGAGAGGGAAUCUGUGUGGAGUACUCUGUAUCCUUCUAUCGGACUGACCCGCGCAGCAAGAUCCAGAGAGUAGCCGAUGUCAUCCGCAGGUCAACAGCACGGAUUAUUGUUGCAUUCAUGGAGUCUGGAGAUUUGACUGUUCUUUUAGAAGAGCUGGCCCAGGAGCCUCCACCACCUCGUCAGUGGAUCGGAAGUGAGGGCUGGAUCACUGACCCUCAACUGAUGGCGUACAGUUUCUGUGCAGGAGCCAUCGGCUUUGCUAUCCAGCAAUCCGUCAUCCCAGGUCUGAGAGAGUUCCUGCUGGAUCUUUCUCCCUCUGAAGCAGCUGCCUCCUCUGUGCUGACUGAGUUCUGGGAGGAUGCGUUCAACUGCAGCUUGACAAACAAAAGAGUGUGUGAUGGAACUGAAGACAUAAAAAUACUGAAAAACCCGUACACUGAUACAUCUCAGUUAAGAAUUACCAACAUGGUGUACAAGGCUGUUUAUGCUAUAGCUCAUGCUAUUCACAAUGCUGUGUGUCAAAAAACUAAUGCCACGACUAAGUGUGAAAAAGAUAUUAGAUUGAAGCCUAAACAGUUCAUUUCUAUGUUAAAGAAAAUCAACAUUUUACAAAAUGGUUAUCCUGUGUCAUUUGAUGCUAACAGAGAUCCUGUAGCUUUUUAUGAGCUGGUCAACUGGCAGAAGAGUGAGAGUGGAGUUAUUGAGCUGGCAACAGUAGGGUACUAUGAUGCAUCACUGCCUAAAGGACAGGAGUUUCAUAUCAGCAGGAACAUAACCUGGAUGGAUGGUGGCACACAUCUCCCAGCAUCAGUGUGCACUGAGAGUUGUCCUCCAGGAACUCGUAAAGUCCUGCAGAAAGGAAAACCCAUCUGCUGCUAUGAUUGUAUACCAUGUCCUGAUGGAGAGAUUAGUAACACAACAGAUUCUCCAGACUGUUCCCCGUGUCCCAGUGAAUUGUGGCCUAAUGCACAAAGAGACGCUUGUUUCCCCAAACCUGUGGAGUUUCUUUCCUAUGAUGAAGUCCUGGCAAUCAUCCUGGCUGCAUUCUCUGUUAGUGGGGCCUGUCUGGCCAUCAUAACAGCAGCUAUUUUCUUUCAUCACAGAACAACUCCAAUUGUCAGAGCCAACAACUCUGAGCUGAGCUUCCUGCUGCUCUUCUCUCUGACUCUGUGUUUCUUAUGUUCAUUAACUUUCAUCGGAGCUCCCUCUGAUUGGUCCUGCAUGCUGCGACACACAGCGUUUGGUAUCACCUUUGUUCUCUGUAUCUCCUGUGUUCUUGGCAAAACUGUAGUGGUUUUAAUGGCCUUUAAAGCUACACUUCCAGGUAGUAAUGUCAUGAAAUGGUUUGGGCCUCCACAGCAAAGAAUGGCUGUGGUGUUUCUCACAUUUAUUCAAGUUUUGAUGUGUACAAUUUGGCUGUUACUCAGCCCUCCAUACCCAAUGAAGAAUCUGAGCACAUACAAGGAGAAGAUCAUCCUGGAAUGUGCAUUAGGUUCUGCUGUUGGGUUCUGGGCUGUGCUCGGGUACAUUGGCCUGCUGGCUGUUUUCUGCUUUGUGUUAGCUGUUCUAGCUCGGAAACUACCUGAUAAUUUUAAUGAAGCCAAGCUGAUAACCUUCAGCAUGCUGAUAUUCUGUGCAGUGUGGCUCACCUUCAUCCCAGCAUAUGUCAGCUCUCCUGGAAAAUUUACUGUAGCUGUGGAGAUAUUUGCUAUUCUGGCCUCCAGUUUUGGACUGAUUCUGUGUAUAUUUGCUCCAAAGUGUUUCAUCAUCUUAUUUCAGCCACAGAAGAACUCUAAAAAGUCUUUAAUGAAUAUAAAUUAA